CAUCGCAUCGGACGUCUCGCCAUCUCCCUCGAGUCUUUCGUCGCCUCACUCACGGUCACUGCCUCACUCACCGUUGAUCAGCUGCAUUACCGUCGAAUACUCAGCCAUUGCGCAUUUGGCUGCUCAGCCCCCGCGCCUUCGACAGAGAAUCCAGGAGCCUUGGUCUUUUCUCUGCUAAAUUCCGCCUCUUCUCAAAUCUGCGCUACGUCGUUGAGUGAUUCUUGGGAUUGGAUCCAUAAUGUUGAGUAUUGCUGGAGAUAUGCAUUAUAACAUAGCUCUAGAGGAAUUUAGCGUCAAUGAGAUUGUAAAAAGAGAAGUGGAAAAUUUAGAUCAUAAUGCUUUUGAAAAGUAGCAUAAGCAAUUGGAAUAAGUUACCUUUUAGAGGAAUCAAAUGCUAGCAGGGCUUCAAAUUUAUCCUACUUGGGAAAACAGCAUGGCUUAACUACUAACUGAACUUGCACAAGGAUGAGGAUCCCAUUGGUAGACUCAUGGUGGAGAAGGUGUGACUAAUCUACGGUAACAUUGUUGUGAAUUUUGACCAUCGAAGGCAAUGGUGCAUGCUGCAGGUCAAAUUUGAAUAAAAACUUUAGGAACUAAGCAAAUGUAACAAAUUGGUGAAGAUUAUAGUUCAAUAAGGUCGAUCAUCAUGGAUUUAAUGGAUUAGAUGCUGGAGCAACUUGAGGUUGAUUGAAUUGAACACCAUUACUUGGCCCACACCUUAAACGCCAUGACCAGAUGGUUUUACCUCAAUUUUUUUUUUUUUUUAAACGUUGGAGCAUUCUGAGAGCCGAUAUCAUGAGAGUGUUCCAAGAUUUCUUUUUAGAAUGUUGUUAUCAAUGGCUACCUAAACGAAACAUACAUUUGUCUGAUCUCAAAGAAACUGGAUGCUUGCAAUGUUGUAGACUUUCGCCCCAUAAGUCUUAUGACCGGACUAUACAAAAUCAUAGCAAAUGUGCUAUUUGAACGUCUUAAAAAAGCUCUCCUUUUCAUGAUUAAUGGGCAGAAAACAGCUUUUGUAGAGGGAUGACAAAUCCUUGAUGCAUCCCUCAUGGAAAAUGUACUCAUAGAUGAAUGGGAGAGGAAUAAUCUCAUGUUGUCACGUCAAACAUCAGAAAUGAUUUCAAAUCCAUUCUGUUCUGAAAUCCUUUCAAAUACAAGUAUUCCAACCAGAGGGUAAAUUCAAUUCUUAGAACACCCAUUUUCCUUCCAUCAUUCACCUUCGGAUUCGAGAUUUGAGAAGCCUCUUGUUGGUGGCAGAUGUCUAAUAAAGAUGAUAUUGAGAACCCCAAUGCUGAUAAGGUCCAGAAAGGGUUAGUGGCUUCUGCUUUAUCAGGUGAGAGCCCACCAAACUGGUAUGCCAUUGUUCUACAGCAAGUCUCAAUAUAUGGUGUUGCUGCUGGGUACUGUGUUUCUGCAUCCCUGCUUUCCAUCAUCAAUAAAUGGGCAAUCAUGAAGUUCCCUUACCCAGGUGCACUGACUGCUCUACAAUACUUCACAAGUGCAGCUGGAGUUUUCAUUUGUGGUUGUGCUGGAUUUAUCGAACACGAUCGACUUGAUCUCUUGACAAUGUGGCGGUUCCUACCUGCUGCAUUUAUAUUUUAUCUUUCCCUAUUCACCAACAGUGAACUUCUCUUGCAUGCCAAUGUCGAUACAUUCAUCGUUUUCCGCUCAGCAGUUCCAAUUUUCGUCGCUAUCGGUGAGACCCUUUUCCUUCACCAACCCUGGCCAUCGAUCAAGACAUGGGUCUCGCUCGCUAUCAUCCUCGGUGGCAGUGUUCUAUACGUACUGACAGAUUAUCAAUUCACAUUGGCAGCAUACUUUUGGGCUUCGGCUUAUCUCAUUAGCAUGUCUAUAGAUUUUGUAUACAUAAAGCAUGUUGUUAUGACCAUAGGGCUGAACACAUGGGGCCUUGUGCUGUACAACAACUUAGAGGCACUUCUUUUGUUUCCAUUGGAGCUUCUUAUCAUGGGUGAACUCAAGAAAAUCAAGCACGAAAUCUCAGAUGAAUCUGAUUGGCACUCAUUUGCAGUGGUUUUGCCUGUUGGGUUAUCAUGCUUAUUUGGUUUGUCCAUAUCUUUCUUUGGGUUCUCUUGUCGCAGGGCAAUAUCAGCUACUGGAUUCACUGUACUCGGAAUUGUGAAUAAACUCCUCACUGUAGUGAUUAAUCUUGUCAUCUGGGAUAAGCAUUCGACGUUCAUUGGAACAAUAGGGCUAUUGAUAUGUAUGUCCGGUGGAAUCUUGUAUCAACAAUCUUCAAGCUCGAAGCCGAAAGAGGUGGUAAGGGCACAAGAAACAGUGGAAGAAGAGCAACAAAAGCUACUUGAUGAUCGGCCAAGCAAUUCAGAUGAACAACAAAAGCAAGUUGAGAUGCCAAGCGUUCCAGAUAGCAGCGACGCCGACAACAAAGUUAGUCGAUCGGAGGAUGCAAGAUCAUGAGGUACUUCUAAAUGGUAAUGCUUCUACAACAAUUGUAUUUGGUUGCAUUAUUUGAUUCAUAUUUAUCAUUUGUAGCAUGCUAAUAUAGUUUAGUUGCAUUUUGAUGUAUA